UUGUUAAUUCACGAUGGAAAGGAACAGUGAACAGGGAAAAGGAAAGGAGGCGGAGCAGAGUCAUCAGCCUCCUCAUAUUUCACCCAUGCAGCCGGUGACAAGCGGUGCUUACGGUGGCGGAAUGUACGGAACCGAGGAGCAGGCUCAGACGAAGAGACCGGAAAAGCCGCCUGCCAGUGAGACUCAAAGUGCUGAUGGACCUUAUGAGCCCACGUACAAGCCCCUGAACAAACCCCCACCGUUAUCCGGCGAUCGGGACAUUGAUAUUACUGGUCAAUCUUAUAUCCAGUAAAUCGUCACUGCAGCUUUAGCUGCUUACCCUGUGUGGGUUUUCUGUUUUCUUUUUGGAUUUCUUGCCUUGUAUAAUAAACGCUAUGCUUUGAUUUUUGUGGUUUUCAUUUUCCAGUCUUCAGCUGUGUGCUACAAUGAAAUAUGUUGCUCUUUCCU